AUGCUCACAGUGGACAAGUUCACCAGGGCUGAGGCUCUCCAGAGGGCUUCCAAUCUCUACUAUCAGGUACUCGGCACGAAUUGGGAGGACGGCCUCAAUCUCGUCCUAGAUGUCCCUUUCUGGGAAUCUGAGCUGGAGAAGGUGGAUCACAUGUGCGAGCCGUAUUUAUGUGACGACGAAAUUGGACCUAUCAUUCGCAACCUUCACGAGACUGUCAACUGCAUGUACGCCUGUGAGGACGUCAGAGAUCACAUCAAUGAGCUUUUGGAGUUGUCAAGUCGUGCAGAAGGCGUGAUGGGCUCCGGUGCUGCUGCUUCGGAAGAGGUUGAAAACAUGCCAGAGCAGUGUGGUAUGGUUACUAAGGCUUACGAAGACCUUCUCGCGAGAUACCCAGAACACCAUCCGAAGAUCGAGCAGACGGUGGGGCACGGUCUCGCUGUACUGCGCCAGCUCGAGAAGUUCAAUUUCAAGAGCAGCCAUCGGUAUUUCUUCUGA